CGCGAAAACUGUGCGUUGAGCGCACGCGUACUUGCCGCGACAGUGUUACGAUUUAUAAAGUUUAUUUGUGAACUUUUUGAUUGGGACUACUGGACUUUUAAGAUCGUAAAAACCGUGUGCAGUGUAGUGUUUGUGUGUCCGAAAAUGAUAAAAAACGCGCAGUUUUACAGUUCGAAAGCAGUCAUUUAAUUUGUGAAAGUGAUUUCGACUAGACAAUGGCUUUGGCAAACUUCACGGUCCCGGUUGCCAAUGUGGCAAGUCCAGAUAUAGUGACGACUUCUUCAACACCUCUGAGAGUAGACCUUGACGACUUAUUAUACUCUCCAGAGGAACAACAAGCAGAAUAUGCUUCGCAAUAUACUGGAAAUGAGCCGUUCCUACCGCCGUCAAGUCAGCAACAGAAAAGACCGAAAGUUCGAAAACGUGCCGGUACAGCCUACUUACCACCUCCUAAUCAUUUCACCCAAUACCCACGUCAAAAUGAGGUACCAUUAAACCCUUUCAACAGCCCACUACAGGUGCCGUUAUAUCAGAACUCAAGGCUCGACGUACAAGUGCCCAACCAAAGGGUUCAAGGUACGAACGGUCAAUAUGACAAUAAUGGCCAGUACAUCCAUGAUCCAACUGGCGAUUACGAUUACGAACAAAGAAGAAUAGGUAAAACUGGGACACAGGUUCCAACAUACCCGGGUUAUGCGGACUUACCAUAUCAACAAACCAAUAACCAGGGUCAAACAUCUAGUCGAUUCGAUGGAAACUCGAAUAAAAACAACAAUUUCGGUCCUGUGACAACUGCAGCGCCGUCAAUCUCACGAAAGCAAAAUGAGGCUGGGAAAAGGGUUAGUAAUAGUGGCAUUACUCCCCCGGAUACACCAAGAGGCUUUACCAAAGUUGAGACGGGUACAGGAGGUAAUACACAGCUUCACGCCGUCUUAGACUACGAUGAUGAUGACUAUUACGAAGAUGAUAGCUCGGGUGGUAUACAGCCAUCGGUGACGCCACUACAAGGACCCAUUCUUCUACGCAAUGGGACCGUCCCAGUGGUCCCGCUGACUUCAUAUCCCACGGUCAACAAUGGUUCCUUUUAUCAAAUACCUAUCCUAUGGACAGCUCUGUCUGUGGCGCUGGGUUACGAGCUUCAGGGCCAAAUAAUCAGAGGUGUGCCAUGUGUGAAACGAAAUUUCCAACUUUACUGUCCAACGGCUGGCAACACAUAUCCCUUGGAUAAAAUCGAAACAUUCAUAGACGAGAAUAAAGCGCUAAUAAAACGUAUGUAUGGGUCGUUUGCAAUGCCCAGUGGUGCCCGGGUAAGAAGAGCACCAGGUGUUCCGGAUAUGCACGCAGGGAUACCGGACACACACUCGGGAGACUCCUAUUUCAGAAGACACGUUCGACAGGCAAAGCCUAAACUACCGGAUGCCCAGGCUGUUAAUAGUACUGGCAGAAUAGACGCGUGCGAAAGCAAAACUGAAAUCAUGACUCCAUACUGGGCGCUCAAUUCUGCUCGGAAAUUACGAGCCAUUGUAAACACCAUGCAUUUUGAACAAGCGAUACACCAGGAAGUGUGCAGCAAACAAUCCACGUCAAGAUGUUCAGGCGAUUGUGGAUGCGAGCAGAAAUACAAAUGGCACAGACUGCUCGCUUACGACCCAAGCGACGAUUGUGCUGGAAUCUUCAUGGACUGGUUUCUAUUUCCCUCUUGUUGUGUAUGUCGAUGUAAACCAUAAUUACUAUUUUAGUGUUUGGACAAAUUCAUUGUUUGUAAAUAAACUUAUGGAGUGUAUAAAAUAAUAAAGCGAAUAUAAGUAACUUUAUAUUGGUUAUUAGACGCCAAAUUUAAGAAUUUUAACGAAUCGCACUCUUAUGACACCAAAUUCACAUUGAGAGAAAAGAUAUAGCGAUUAAUUGUUAUUUGCUAGGUGUCUUUUCAUUGAUUCACAAAACAUACUUUAAUUUAUUUCAUAUUAAAUAUCUCAUUUGUAUCGAAUUUCAUGCUGUAACAGCAUAAAAAAAGGUAAGCUAACUGUAGCGUCCUCAAAUUCCACGACAGUUCUUUUUCUACACAGACUAUAAAGUUAUUGUUGCACUACACAAAUUGUUUUAAUUGUAAAUUAUUGAUAUUUACAAUAACUUUGCAAAUACAUACAUAUUAUCUACUUGUGAUUUCGAAAUACAUUGAUAAAUUGUAAUUAAAAUUAUUAAUAGUCAAGUGGUAUUCUAUGUUUCAUUGUAUCUCAAUGUUAAGUUUAAAUGUAAUUUUAUAAGUAUUAAUUUGAAUUUAAAUGAUUU